CAAUGCUACACAACAAGCAUGGGUUCGAAAACAAAAAGAGGAAAAGCGAAGAAAGCAGGGGCAAAAGUCAGUCAUUACAAACUCUCCAACAAAAGACUUACAAAGUUAGCCAAACAAGGUAAAUUGAAGAAGAAUUUAAAGAAGAACAAACAGCUCAUAGAACAGAAACUAAAGCAGCUGAAAGGAGGUAAAAAUGCAGAGAUCAUACAUCAAAAUUCUGACCUGGAAGAGGAAGAUAGAGUGGACAUUGAUGAUGUGGAAAUUUUUUCCAACCCAAACUGCAGUUUUGUGGAAGGAAUUGCAAAAGGGGUGAAGAGGCAGUCCUACAGUGAUCCAGUGGCGCAGUAUGAACAGGUGCCCAGGAGAAUGCACCAUGAGGAAGAACCAGUAUUAAAGCCACUGCUGCCUAUCAAAAGCAAACAAGGCCUUGUUGUUAGGAUGGGAGUGCAAGAGGAAGAUGAAAAGUCAAAAGAGGACAGUGUGAUAAAUGAAGAUGCUGCUGAAAAAAUACCAGAACCCUGUGAACCACUUCCAGCACUGAGUACAGCACAGUUGUUUGCACAGAGGCAAGAAAAACUGAGAGAAGUAAAGCAGAAGAUUGCACUGCUGGCUGGUGCCAUCAUUGAAAACCCAGAAGAAAAUAUGCGAAAACUUAAAGAACUAAGGGUGAUGCUGGAGUUUCAAGAUCCCCAGUUAUUUAUAACAGUACGUAAACUGGCCAUGCUGUCACUGCUGGAGGUGUUCAAGGAUAUCAUUCCUGGCUACAGAAUAAGGCCUCCUACAGAUAAAGAAAAAGAGCAGUCAAUGAAACUGGAAACCAAAAAAAUCAGGGACUUUGAAGAAAGUCUAAUUCACAACUACAAGCUUUAUCUCCAGUUCUUGGAAAGAAUGUCAGCAGGAGUGAAUGCCAAACCAACCAAGAAAAAAGCAAAAUAUAUCAAAGAAAGGAAUGCCUUUCCACAAGAGGCAGCAAAGGUGCUACGAGAGCUGUCAGUUCAUUGUAUGUGUGAUUUGCUGGUGACACACCAGAACUUCAACUUUAGAAGCAAUCUUGUGACAGUGGUAGUGCCAUUCAUGAACCACAAGAAUGUCAAGGUGAGGCAUCAAGGCUGA